AUGAGUCCAUCUUGCGUGCUGAUCAGUGACAACCUGUGUCUGUUGCGAUUCUUCGUACGGACCGACGUGUUUGGCAACUCUCGAAUCGCCUUUGUCGUCUUGGCCAAGCACGCCAUUUUGGCCGCUUUCGAGGCCGUUCCGCAAUACGAGAUGCUCUGGAUGUGGUAUCUGGCCUUUCCGACUGUUCCGCCAGUCUUUCCGACAAACGCCCCGCAACCCCGAUUGGGAAAGAAACUAUUUCCAUCAUCCACCAUGGGCAUCAAGAACGUAGCCGUCGCCGGAGGAACUGGCAACAUUGGAACGCCAAUUGUCGAAGAGUUCGUUAAGGCUGGCUUCACCGUCACGCUUCUCAGCCGCGACUCCAAGCAGCCUCUCCCCGAGGGCGUCAAGGCCAUCAAGGCUGUCGACUACAGCUCUGUCGACUCGCUCAAGGCAGCCCUGAACGGACAAGACGCCGUUGUGUCCACUCUCGGCUCGCUAGCCUUAGGCAACCAGAGCCCGCUUAUCGACGCUGCUAUUGCCGUCGGUGUGAAGCGCUUCAUCCCGUCCGAGUUCGGCAUCAACACUCGCAAGGCACGUGACACGCCCAUUGGCAAGAUCAUUGCCGCCAAGGUUAGCACGGUCGAUUACCUCAUCAAGAAGGCAGACGCGUCCAAGGGCGUCUUCACCUGGACCGGCAUCGCCACUGGCCUGUUCUUCGACUGGGGUCUGGACCACGGCUUCGGCGGCUUCGACGCCAAGACCAAGGCUGCCUCGAUUUAUGAUUCGGGCAACGAGAAGUCGCAGUCGUCCAACGUGCACUUUGUCGGCCGCGCCGUCGCUGCCGUCCUGAAGCAGGCGGGCGAGCACUUUGGCACUGCCGGCGACAAGACAGCCAACCAGUACAUUGAGGUUGCGUCCUUCUCUCCAUCGCAAAACGACGUGCUGAAGAUUGUCGAGGCCGAGACCGGCGCCAAGUGGACCAUCACGCACACCAAGACGGCGGACCUGCAGAAGCUGGGCGAGGAAAAGCUCACAAAGGGAGACUUUUCCGCAUUCGGCGAGCUGCUGCUCGUGUGGCAGUUCAAGGAUGGCGCUGGACACGCGCCUGACCCCAAGACGAGCGGCAAUGCGCUAUUGGGACUGGACGGUGACGAUCUGAAGGAAACGCUCAAGAGCUGGAUUGCACGAUCCCAGUAG